ACACCCACACCCACACCCACACCCACACCCACACCCACAUCCACACCCACACCCACACCCACACCCACACCCACACCCACACCCACACCCACACCCACACCCCAACCCCACACCCUCGUUAAAUCAUCCAACAGAUGCAAAAAUUCUCGAAUUUAUGCUAACCAAUCCUAACUCUUUAAGAUCCGAGAUUGAAGAGUUCAAUAGGUUUUUUUGUAAUAGUGUCGUGUUUGAAUAAUGAAGUGUGUGAUAUCUUUAAUUUCAAAACUAGAAAAUCAAAUCUUUGGAAACAUGCAAAAAUCUUGGCACUCGUUUGAUGACUUAAUGGAUUUAGUUCUAUGCGACAUUUUCGGAACCGAACCGGAGCUGCCUUUUUUUUUUGAAUUUUUUAUAACUGAAAUUGCACUUAUCAUGCCGGUUUCGAUUUCGAGUAAUGACUGGAAUCGCUGAUCUCUAUUAUGCAUUCAAAUUUCUAUCUAUAUACUUCAAUACUUCUCUCAGAUCAUGUUUCAGAAAAAUUGUGAGAGAUAUAACAUAUGAAAAGUGCCACUUCCUUUGAGUGAACAUUCAUUUUUCUUACUCGAAAUAGAUCUCUAAUAUACGACAAUUUUCUAGUUCAUAGCUAUCUCCAGGAUUAAUAAAUAUAGUAAAACUUAAAUAAUAAUUAAUGAAUCAUAAGCUAUAGAAAACUUCGUUUCGAAGUUCAAUUGGUCUUAACGAAUUGAUGUUCACUAAGAAAUUCACAAUGAAUAAAAGUCUAGAAUACUUCAUUGUAUUUCCGAUUAGAUUUAAAAUAUCGAAGACAUUAUUUGAUUGUCCUUUCAGGUAAUUGGUUACAAGAAACUGAUUAUCAAAUAAUUGAAGAACAACUUCAAUCAAAUUCUGCUAACGGUUCAAGUGCACUUGAACAUGAUGAAACAUAUCUUUAUCCAAUACAUGCAUAUUAUUCUCAUCCAAUUGAAUUAAAUAUUUCUGAUCCAUUACCAUUAGAUGUUGUUGUUAUUGAUGUAUCAAUACUUGACAAUCGUAUAAACGAAUAA